AUGGCGCUGCCCACCUUGGGGCUGGGCACCUGGCAGUCUCUGCGAGGAGAAAUGCAAGAUGCCAUGAAGUUUGCAGUCGACAUGGGACACUGCCCAUGAUAUGUGUAUCAGAACGAGAAUGAGAUAGGGGAGGCGCUAAGGGAAGGGGUUGUAACGCGAGAAGACCUCUUCAUUGUCAGUAAGCUGUGGUGCAUAUUUCAUGAGAAAACUCUCACGAAGGAGGCAUGCCAGGAGACAUUUGUGGCCCUUCAGCUGGAUUAUUUGGAUCUCUACCUGAUGCACCCUGGGAUUCGAGCAAGAGAGGAGCUCUUUCCCGCAGAUGAAAAUGGUAUGAUCAUUCCCAGUGACGUGGAUUUUCUAGACACACGGGAGAUAAUUUCCUGGGCAGCUAUGGGAGAGCUGGUGAAUGCAGGACUAGUAAAGGCCAUUGGAAUCUCCAACUCCACACAGAUAGAUCAGCUCUUGAGCAAACCAGACUUAAAAUACAGAUCUGCAAAUAAUCAGAUUAAGAGCCAUCUGUGUCUUCCCCAGGAAGAGCUGAUUAACUGGCACUCCAAAGGGAUCUCUGUAACUGUGCAUUAUCCCCUUGGAGCUCCCAGUUGGCCCUUGGAUGUCUAA